AUGGCAAAAUAUCCCAAGAUGGAAAUUUAUGACAACGUCAUCGCGGCCUUCAAGGACGCCGACGACGAAAACAUCAUUGACCGAACCCUGAUCAACCGACGCCAAUUUCCAGCCCCAGAUAAACGCCGCAUAUCAGGAGGGUUCUUUGCGGGGACCUACAUAGGGGUGGUGGAUUGCGACCGACCACCUAAACUUGAUACUCCGGAUGACGCUGCUUUGACUCCCACCUGUGAUCUCAAGCCAAAAUCCACUGAAAUAUAUGCAUAUUUGCUUAAAUGCACGAUUGAGUUUGGUGGAUGUACAGGGAAGGGGCUUGAGGUGGAGAACUCGAUGUAG